AUGCGGACUCUCCUGGGACACUUCCUCACCUUUGUGCUCCUAACAACAGGUGCUUCUCUAAGAUGUGAAGUUUGUUAUGAAAUUGGCCACCACUGCACCAGCCCUCUGCAGACCUGUCCUCCUAACAAAGACACCUGUGUUGUUGCAUACACUGAAAGUACUCUAGAUGGGAAGAUGAUACAAACCGUAGAGAAAGGCUGCGAAUCCUCCGACAUCUGUUCUAGUGUCACAAUUGAGUUGUAUUUGGGACACAGCAAAUUCUAUCGGGCAUUUUUAGCCUGUUGCAACGAGGAAACCUGUGGAAACGUCUCGCCUAAAUUACCAACGAUACAGAAAGAAAGCAAUGGAAAGCAAUGUCCCGCAUGCUUUUCUUGGGCAGACGGGUGUACAGACGAGCUGGUGAAUUGUACCGGGACGGAAACACACUGCUUUGAAGUGGCAUCACGUACAUAUUUCAAUGAAAUCCAUUUAGACAACACCAUAAAGGGCUGUACUACUAGAUCUGUCUGUGCUUCAAUGAGAAGUGGCAAUUCCAUUUUUGGAGGUGCUGAUUAUAUUAAAACAGCCAGAUGCACACCAAACGUUUCUAGAGGAUCUCAGUCCAACAACAAUCUUCUGCUAACUGUCUCUGGACUCUUUCUGCUGAAGAUUCAUGGGGAAAUGGUGGAGAACUUCCUGAAGGGCUGCACUUCUCUCUCUGCCUGUGAAUCAAUAAACCAUGCCCGCUCCCCUCUUUUGGGAAGCAAAGUUCUGAAGGCCAAAUGUAUGCCAGGUAUUCCUAGCAGGGGGUCCCAAUUCUCUGGGCUCCUCCUGCCAACCAUCUCUGGGCUCCUGCUUCGGAAGAUAGUCUCGUAA